GAACCAAUUUUGUCCAUUUUCUCAAAGAAUAUACAGAAGGAACUUUAGCGUACCCGCAAAAAGACCUGCACGGCGACAGUAGUGUGUUCUCAUAGCCUGGGGUUUAAGCUGCAGGGUUUUGACUUGUUAAGGAAAACAGAGCAAAGAUAGAGAGAAAUGGCAGUACAAAGGGGACGUAACGGUAUGAUGGGUGAAGAGGAAGAAGAAGAAGGAGCUAUUUUCGGACAGGAAAUUGAGGUGGAGGAGCCCAAUGAUGUCCCUCCUCAUCUGCUCAACCUCUUCGAUGCUGCCGAGAAUGGAAACCUCGACGCCCUCCGCAAUGCCCUUGAUAAUUUGAGUGGCAGCAUUGAUCAACCUCUUGAAGAUGGGGACACUGCUCUUCAUCUAACAUGUUUGUAUGGCCAUCUCCCUUGUGUGCAGCUAUUGUUAGAGAGGGGAGCUUCUUUGGAGGCUAAGGAUGAAGAUGGAGCAAUCCCAUUGCAUGAUGCUUGUGCUGGCGGAUACACGGAGAUAGCCCAACUGCUGAUCAACAGUGCUCCUGACCCUGAAUGUGUGAAGAGGAUGUUGGACUCUGUUGAUGUAGAAGGUGAUUCGCCUCUUCAUCAUGCUGCCAGAGGUGAACAUGUAACUGUCGUCAGGUUAUUACUGACUUUAGGGUCUUCUCCUACUAGGACCAAUAUAUAUGGAAAGACCCCCGGUGAGCUUGCUGAAUCUGAUGGUGAAGCUCGAAAAAUCUUAGAAGAAGCCGCACGUCCUGUUCCUAGCCAUUAGUCCUUCAUGCCGAGAUUUUGAUUUGGUAGCUUGGCUAUUACUACUAUAGGUUUGCCUUGUUUUAUAGGUAAAAGUUCGAUCGGAAUUUUCCCUAUGCAAUAGGGGACAAUUACGCAAUUGAAUGUUGCAAUUAUUCCUGUGAGAUUGCAGUUCUUACAUAAGCUAUUUCUGUCAAACGGUAACCAAUUAUGUAUCCAGUAGGAUAUUAGAAUCCAGUUCACUCAAUCUUUGGUACAUUUCUUUUAUGCCUUGAUCUUAAAUUAAUUUUGCUUUUGGGACACAAAAUAAUA